GACAGACCGACCGACAGACAGACAGACCAACAAGAUACAAGGCAAAGCACAGGUAUUGCAGAGCCUAGGGUACCAUGCUGAGAUGGAUGGCAGGAAAAUGUAUGAUGAUUCAGGAGAUCUGAGUCUGAGGGGCCAGUUUAGUGCCGAAGGCGCCAGACUUCGGUUGAGUCAAUUGGCUUUUCUAAGCUUCAGUUAACCACUGAAGCUGGAGAGCUGUGCCCAGUCCUGUCCACAGGACACGGUAAGGGCACCUGCUGUGCAGAGCCCUGUGGAAAGCAGGCCUCCCAUGGGGUGCCUAGCACAGGGGACACCUAUCAUGGGGUGCCCAGCACAGGGGACACCUCACACAGGGGUGCCCAGCAAGGAGACACCUCCCAUGGGGUGCCUAGCACAGGGGACACCUCCUACAGGGGUGCCCAGCAAGGAGACACCUCUCAUGGGGUACCUAGCACAGGGACACCUCCUACAGGGGUGCUUAGCAAGGAGAUACCUCUCAUGGGGUGCCUAGCACAGGGGACACCUCACACAGGGGUGCCCAGCACAGGAGACAACUCACACAGGGGACACCUUCCACAGGGGACGCCUCCCACAAGCCCUACAGUUAAGUCUUUUGCAGGUUGGCCCCUGGAGAAGAUGGCAGUAAAACAGGUCCUGGGCCCCUGGUUCCUGAUCUACACCUGUGUCUGCUCUUGCAUCUGCUGGGGAGUCCCUGUCCCAGAGCAGGGAGCAGGGCUGAAGGCUGGGACGUUCACCUGCCUCAGCAACAGUCUCUUCAGGAUUGACUGCCACUGGUCGGCUCCAGAAGCGGGCCUGGAAUCCAGGGCCUGGCUCCUCUUUACCAGUAACCAGACGACAGAUAUCAGGCACAGGUGCCCGUUCCAGGGCAGUGUGUGCACCCUCACGCUGCCCCUGGAGGAGGUGUUGGUGCCCACUGAUGUCUUCACCAUCACUUUUCAUCGUCUCAUCCUGGGGCAGGAGCAGGUCAGCUUGGUGGACUCACAGUUCCAGCCGUGGAGGCACAUUAAGCUGGAUCCCCCCUUGGAUCUGCAGAGCAACAUCAGCUCUGGGCGUUGUGUCCUGACCUGGAGCAUCCAUUUUGCUCUGGAGCCCUGGCUCUCAGACCUCAACUAUGAGCUGGCCUUCAAGAAGCAGGAAGAGCCCUGGGAGCAGGCCCGGCGCAAGGACCGUAUUGUUGGAGUGACAUGGCUCAGCCUUGAAGCCGUGGAGCUGAACCCUGGCUCCAUCUACGAGGCCAGACUUCGUGUCCAGAUGACUUUGCCAGAGGAGGAUUACAUGGCAGAAGGGAGAUACUAUAAGAGCCAUUGGAGUGAGUGGAGCCAGCCUGUGUCCUUUCCUUCUCCCCGGAGAUGGAGACAGGACUUCCUGCUCCCAUCCUGGCGGUGGUCGGAUAGCAUCCUUGUUGCUGUGUCUGUCUUUCUUCUGCUGACCGGCCUUAUUCACCUUCUGUUCAAACUGUCACCCAGGAUGAAGAGAAUUAUCUACCAGAAUGUUCCCUCCCCAGCACCUUUCUUCCUUCCUCUCUACAGUGUGUACAAUGGGGACUUCCAGACCUGGACAGGGGCCCACAGAACUGGACCGCACCCAAGACGGAAUGGUGUCAGCACUCCAUCAGGAGACUCAGAGACCAGCAUCUGGGAGGCCAUUACAUCCCUCACCUACAGCCCAGCGCGCCCUGCGCAGUUUUCCAGCCUGCAGUGGGAAGGCGCAGGCCCUGGCUUCUCAGAGCCACUAGGCUUGGCGCACGUGCUGCCUGCAGGGUGUCUGGAGCUGGAAGGACAGCCGUCUGCCUACCUGCCCCAGGAGGGCUGGGCUUCUCCAGUCUCUGUCCGACCCCCUCCGCUGGACUCAGACGGGGGCGGCAGGGACUAUUGCAUCUUGGUCUCCUGUGAGGAGCCCUGCCCCUCAGCCUUCCCAGAACAUAUCCAGAGCCCUGAGCUCACACAGCCGCAGCCUGUGGCCCUUCCUGUGUCCAGCAGGACCUGACCCCUACCGAGGGAUGUGGGUAUUUUCUUCCCUCCUACUCUGGGAGGGUACUAGACUCAGUCUCAGUCUGUCUCAGCCGGAUGGACCAUGUCUGUUUUGGGGAGGUGAACUAAAGACCCUGGGACUGCUCCUUGGGUGGCUGUGGGAGCCCAGAGAGGAGGCAGCUGUGCAUUGGUCAGAGCCCAUGUGGAUGGAAGCAGCAGGCUGUUACUCAAGGCUCUGCCCUGUCCUGUGGCGGGGAGGCCUCCACACUCAGCCUCUCCUCAUCAGGUUUCCUUCUCCCCCUCCCGGCUUUGUCCCAGUCCGGAAAGGAGCGUGUGGUGGGUAGCUUGGUCUGUCCUCAUAACUUUAAAGGGUUAGCCUGGGCCAAGGGAAUCCUUCUGAGACAAUAUGAACAGGUGAAGUGUCCCUUUUCUGUCCCUUCCUGAAGUGCCUUCCCCACUAGGACUGAAAGGGAUUUUUUGACUGUUCCAGACUAUGGAUGACUGGAGUUGGGGAGAAUGGUGGAACUCUGAGUGAGCGGGCUGUCCAUCUCCAAGAUCAGCAAGAUGGAGUCUCGCUGAAUGAUGCUAAGAAGUCUUACCAUCUGUAUUAGUCACUGUUCGGUUGCUGUGAUAAAAACACCGUGACCAAAAGUGACUUAGAGAAACAAGCGUUUAUUUUAGUUUAAGGUUCCAGAGGCCGAGGAAUAUAUCAGUGCAGAGACGUCCCAGCAGGAGCAGGAAGCUGAGAGCGCACUUGAUAACCAAAAGUGCGAAGCAGAUUGUACCGGAAGUGAUGUUUUCUUCCUCAAGCAAGGCUCCGCCUCCUAGGUUCCGCUGCCUCCCCACACAGUGCCUCCAGCUGGGGAUCAAGGGUACACACACACACACACACACUGGGGACCAAGGGUACACACACACACACACACACACACACACACACACACACACACGAGUGAGCCUAUGGGGGAUGUUCUCAUGCAACCCACCUCGCCACCUCCUGUCCCCAACCUCCCACUGUUCCUAGGAGAAAGACCGAAGCCACUAGACAGAUUGGAAGUGGCUACUCCUCAGCGACUGUGGCCUGAGAGGAGCACCGAUCUCCUACCGCCUUGAGUGCUCCAGAGGAGAUGACAGGCAGACCAGACUGUGGCUGUUAUUUUCCUAGAAGUUGAUACUUUGAGAUUCUUAAAGGAUAAGCGUAGAAACAAUGGUAGCACGAAGAUGAUUUCUGAGGCCGUAACAACGUGCGUGCGUGCGGAAACUACUGCGUGGUAGGCGUGGUGAGUGGGUGUGGUGUUGUGGGUUAGAGCUGGUGCUCCGGAGGGCUCACAAAGCUGCCCCGGGGUAAGUGUUGGCUCAGUAGACCCUCCACGGCAUGAUGGCCUAGUUAGAACCGAGAGAGCUGGGAUUUCCCUCCAGGCCGGUUCCCUGCCUUACCCGUGCUGGCAUGCAGAGAUUUUCAAUCAAGGAUAAGGCUUCUAUUUAGAAUAAGUCCUUCGGCGGAAUAACAAUUUCUCAGGUAGAGGAGAUUUCUAAUUUUACCUUUUAAUUUUAUUUUUAAAUUUAUCUCUCAUUUCAAAAAUUACCUUUUUUGAAUAGACACAGUAUAUACACUUACAUAAAUACUACUCUGGCCUCUGCCAUCUGCUUCUUUUUAUAUAUUUAUUUAUUUUGGGUUUUUGUUUUUGAGACAGGGUUUCUUUGUGUAGCUCUGGCUGUCCUGAAACUCGCUUCGUAGAUCAGGCUAUCCUUGAACUAAAGUUUGUGUGUUUUGUAGGUCAUGGAAUGAUCUGUGAAAACUAUUAACGACUAAAAUUUCACAAAAGGUAAUUUAAGAUUUUGGAAUCUGGAUUUUUUUUUUGUUUUAUUUUGUUUUUUGUUUUUUGAGACACGGUUUUUCUGUAGCUUUGGAGCCUGUCCUGGAACUCACUCCAUAGAC